UGAUAUGAAUAUUGAUUAAGGCAUAAAACAAUUCAAUGGAGACGAGAGAUAAUAUAAAACAUCUCUCAUUACUUUCGAUUCACUAACUCUUUCACCUUCAAUCUAAAAUAUAGUCGAGUUCUAUCAAAAUAAAGAUCUUAAAUCUAUCUACUCAGAACUUAAGUAGAUCUGCCAAUCAGCUUAAAUAGUCAAACUAACAACUUUUGAAAUUACUGUAUUACAAUUCAUGCAAUUCUUUGAAAGAGUAAAUAAACAAGAACCAAAUUAUGAUUAUUAACUGCAUAAUUAAUUACGUGACUAUUUCUUGAAAGUCAAAGAAACGAGACUAUUAAUAUAACAAUAUACUGGAGUUUAGCUAGAUUUCACUUUAAUUGAUCUAAUACUUUAGUAAAUGUUACAAGGACAAAACCUUAAUAACACUUUGUAUUAAUAAUAAUCUAUCAGAUCAAAUGAGAAUGCUACCUACUUAUAGGAUGAGAAAGAAUAAUAAUAAUACUUGUCUUAUUAAAAAAAUGGCAUAUCUCAACCAAGAAAACCUAAUGAAGAUUGCUGUUUUAUAUAUUGA